AUGACCAAAGAAUCAAGCGUACAAAAUGCUCCCAAAGUGGGACGCCAUCGAGUCUAUUCAAACGAGCAGCGCAAAGACCGCAAUAGACAAGCUCAAGCAGCGUUCAGAGAUCGACGCAUUAAAUAUACGCAAACAUUAGAGAAUGCCAUUGUCAAUUUUGAAGAAACGAUAAAGAACCUCAAAGAAUCAAUGAAUCAAACCAUGAAGCGCGCCCAAGUAGCCGAAGAACGUUCACAUCAUCUUGCUUCCCAAGUAGUGUCGCUGCAAAGAUUGCUAGGAAUGGCGUUGGCCGACAAUCAAAGGCUACAGACACAAGUCGCUCUUAGUAACGGCAUGCUCCCUCUAUCGCCCAACAGCGACAAUUUGGCACCUAAUAAAAUGCCUCUCACAGAUUCUAUGCUUCAACUAUUUGAUGCCAAUCCUACCAUGGCCAGUCCAAUGUCAUCAGCGGCUUCAGACGACCAAUUCGACUUGAUCAAUGCGUCCAUGUUAACAGGCGAGUCUCACAAACUAGCAGCCGUUUUAUAA